ACUAUCGAUUCAAUUAAUUGCAAUUUUAAUUAUGAAAAUUUAAUAUAUGUAUAUGUAUGUACGCCAAAUUAAAUUUGAAAAUUAUAAAAUUGUUGCAAUGUCGCAUUAUAAAGCCUAUACUCUUGUAACCACAGAAUUAAAUUACCAUCAGAACGGCAAUUCUAUUCGUUUUGUCACGUUUUUUAAAUGACAAAUCAAACAGAUGUCAUAAUAUGAUGUUUGUAUACCGGCUGACUCAUCAGCUGACUAUGCCGGCAACUACAUAUUUUGUUUAUAUAAUUUGUCAGAUUAUUGUUUACUUUGAAUAAAGCUAUUAUACAGCUUUAUUCCGUUUUUAUUCAGUUAUUUAAUACGCAAGCAGAAAUGUGGUCUAGAGAGUUAUUUAAAAAUUAUUGUUCAAUUUUAAUAAUUGUAGAAACAUGUGCUUUUUUAAUUAUAAUUUUGAAUGUGUAUUUAUUAAUAGUAGUUGAACAUUCGUCUGAACAAAAACAGCUUAAAAAAUUACCCAGGUUUUGGACAAAUACUGGAUUUUGUCCGUUAGGAGAUGUAUCUAAAUAUCUAUUAAAUAAUGAUACACGUAUUCAUUUGAAUUUAGUGGGUGCUUUACCAAAUCAUGGUAUAGAUACUAUUCGUAUACAUUGGCUUUUAGAUUUACUUGAUGUAAAAUUUGAAGAUAAUAAUUAUAAUGGUUCUCCAAUUUAUAAUUUCACUAAAUUGGAUACUGUAGUUAGUUGGGUAAAUGAAGCUGGACUUUCUUUAGGGUUUGAAUUCAUGGGAAAUCCAAAUAAUUUGUUUUAUAACAAAACAGACAAAAUGAAAAUGUUGCUAUGGGAAGAUUUAAGUAUUCGAAUAGCCGGUAGAUUCAAGGAAAUAUACGGCAUAAAUAAGUUACUGAAUUGGAAAUUUGAAACAUGGAAUGAACCAGAUUUAAAAAAUUAUAAUAAACUAAAUUUUACUUCAGAUAAUUAUUUACAGUAUGCAUUGGCUUUAAAUAAAGGAUUGAAAUAUGUUGAUAAGAACAUAAAAUUAAGAGGUCCUGCUGGUCUGUUUAAAGAUAAAUCAAAACAUCCAAUAUGUUGGGAUGCAUUAAAAUUUUGUAAUGACUACCUAGAAAAUUGUCCAUUUGAUAUUUUAACUUUUCACCGUAAAGGUAACGGUGAACCUAGUCAAGUUGCAAUUGGUGGAAAAAAUUUGCUUUCAGAAAUUUUUUCUGAAUAUCCGAAAUUAAGUAACCAUCCCAUAUCAAAUGAUGAAGCUGAUCCGAUUGCAGGUUGGUCUACUCCAAGAAAAUUUCAGAGUGAUAUUCAAUAUGCUGCAGAUUUAGUUAAAAUUGUUCUUGAGCAUUGGGCUAUGAAAUUGGAAACAAAAGAGUUUGUUAAUCUCGAAUCAAUAAGUCACGAUAAUGCUUUUAUGAGUUAUCACCCAUAUGAGUUCAAUCAAAGAACUUUAUUUGCAAGAUUUCAAAUGAAUAACAGUAGAGUACCAUAUUCACAGUUUGUUGCAAAACCAGUUUAUGUGGCUUUGGGAAUGCUUGGACAUCUUGGAGAAUAUGCGGAAGAACCGGUAUUUGAUAAUAAUUUAUCAUAUUUGACAACUACUUCUGGAUCAUCAGACGAUUUUUACUUAGCAAUUAUUGUAGCAUCUACAGAAUCCACUUAUUCAUCUAAAACUGAAUUAAAUUUUAAAAUUUAUUUACCGGAUAUUAAAAAAAAUCAACAAUUAUCAUUAUGUGUUGAAGCUUUAGAAACCAAUGAAACUAAUCCAAUUGAAUUAUGGAAUUCAUAUGGAAUGCCAUCAUAUCCUAAUACAAAUGAAAGAGAAUGGAUGAGACGUAUUCAAGGACCAAAAGUUUUUGAAAAUAGAGUAAUAUUAUCUGAGGAAAAAAUUUUAAAAAUAAAAUACAAUUUAAAUGCUCCAUGGGUUGGAUUAAUAAGAAUUUGUAAUCUAGAUCGUAAGAAAUUAACAGAACCAAAAAAUAUUAGAAUUUUAAAAUUGACUAAAGGUGAAGUAUUAAUAUUUUGGGAAUAUUAUGGUGAUAAUAAUUGCAUAAAAACAUUUGAAAUUAAAUUUAAACCAAUGAAAAAUGAAAAUAUUUUAGAUACGAAUAUGAAUCUUAAAAAAGAUAAAAGUUGGAUACCAAUUAGUCGUGGUUGGAGAGUACCAUUUCGAUAUUUUCAAUAUAAACAAGAAGGUAAAGGUAUUAUUGGAUAUUAUAAAAUACGAGCUGUUCAUAUAUCUGGUAAAUCAAGUGCAUUUUCGGAAGAGGUUUAUUUCAAUGGAGAUAAUGUUAUAUAGAGAAUAUUGCAAUAAAUAAAAUCAUGACUUUUUAACGUAAUUAAACUAUGUAGUUUUAGAUAAAUUUAUUUUGUAAUAAUUGUUUGAAUAAUAUGAAAUGAUUUUUGUAUUUCUACACAAUUUAAUUUUAAUUCGUUAGCUUUUUAUGCUUUUUGGGUUUCUUUUUUGUAAAUCGUUACAAUAUAAUCACUUUCAAUUAUUUAAUAAAAAAAAAUAAAUAAUUUAUAAAGGUUUCGUAAUAUCUA